ACAUGGCACAAGUGGACCUUAAUCUCCACAUUCCUCCUGGGAUUCUGAUUUUGCUAUGUCUCAUCACUUGCAUUCCCCUCACAAUGUCCCUCAACAACGAUGGCCUCUCACUCCUUGCCCUCAAAGCAGCAAUAGAAGUGGACCCCACAGGUGCCCUAACCUCAUGGUCAGACUCAGCCACCACACCCUGCAACUGGGUCGGAGUGACCUGCAAACACGACCGAGUCACCCAAUUAACCCUUCCAUUCAAGAACCUAACCGGUUACAUACCCUCCGAACUAGGACACCUCACCCAGUUAAAACGUCUCACUCUCCCUCACAACAAUUUCUCUUCUUCCAUCCCCUCUAGCCUCUUCAACGCAACCAGCCUCGUCGUUUUGGACCUCUCUCAUAACUCUUUCACCGGUUCGCUACCUCAGUCGGUUUCGUCUCUCAAGAACCUCAUGCAUUUAGACUUAUCCUCCAACUCCCUCUCCGGUUCCCUUCCGGUUUCCCUCUCCUCUCUCUCUUCACUCGUCGGAACCUUGAAUCUCUCACAUAACCAAUUCUCCGGUCGGGUUCCGGCGUCUCUCGGAACACUUCCGGUCGUCGUGAAUAUAGAUCUCCGGGACAAUAAUCUCACCGGAGAAAUCCCUCAGGUUGGAUCCUUGCUCAACCAGGGCCCUACCGCGUUCUCCGGUAAUCCGUUUCUCUGUGGGUUUCCUCUGCAAAAUGCGUGCCCCGAAGCUGUGAAAAUUCCGCCGGAGAUUUUACCAAGCACAGGAGACAAUCCUCUGAACCCAAACCCGAAACCGGAAGCGCAGGAACGGAAAGCGCGGGGAGGGUCAUUUUUCUCCGUUGCGAUAAUCUCGGGUGUGGUGUUGAUGGCGGUGACGGGUUUUCUAACGGCGUGGGUUUUCCGACGACGGCGUUUGGUUGAGGAGGGGUUGGAGAAGGGAAAAGUGGAGAAUGGGAAUGAGAACGAGAAUGGGUGUGGGGAGGAGGAGAAGGGGAGGUUCGUGGUGUUGGAUGAAGAAGGGAUUUUGGGGUUGGAGUUGGAGGAUUUGUUGAGGGGUUCGGCGUAUGUGGUGGGGAAGAGUAGGAGUGGGAUCGUGUACAAGGUUGUCGGCGUCGGAAAAGGGGCUUUGGCGGCGGCGACGGUGGUGGCUGUUCGGCGAUUAAGCGAGGGGGAUGCCACGUGGCGGUUGAAGGAGUUUGAGUCGGAGGUUGAGGCUAUUGGGAAGGUGCGACACCCCAAUGUUGUGCCUUUGAGAGCGUAUUACUAUGCCAACGAUGAGAAACUGCUCGUCACUGAUUUCAUCCGCAAUGGCAACUUGCACGCCGCGUUGCAUGGUGGGCCUGCCAAUUCAUUGUCACCGUUAUCAUGGGCAGCAAGGUUAACAAUUGCUCAAGGAGCUGCAAGGGGCUUAAUGUACAUACACGAGUUCAACGGUAGGAAAUAUGUUCAUGGCAACCUUAAAUCAACAAAAAUCCUUUUGGAUGAUGAUCUUCAUCCUUACAUAUCUGGUUUUGGACUUACCCGUCUCGGUUUGGGCGCCCCAAAGCCUACUCUAUUGGCACCAAAACGGCAGAACUCAAACCACUCUAUGGUAACCUCAGCAAUUGGUUCAAAAGUUUCAGCUUCCUCUAACAACUACUUGGCUCCUGAGGUGCGCAUAGGUGGUGGAAAGUUCACUCAGAAAUGUGAUGUGUAUUCUUUUGGUAUAGUGCUAUUGGAACUUUUGACAGGUCGGCUUCCAGAUUUAGGGGCAGAAAAUGAAGGUAAGGAUCUAGAGAGUUUUGUGAGAAAAGCAUUCAGGGAGGAGCAACCCUUAUCAGAGAUUAUAGACACUGCACUUUUGCCUGAGGUUUAUGCUAAAAAGCAAGUUAUUGCAGCAUUUCAUGUUGCGCUGAACUGCACAGAAGUUGAUCCUGAAUUGCGACCAAGAAUGAGAACCGUGUCUGAGAGCCUUGAUCGCAUAAAUAUUCAGUGA